AUGACUAAACAUAGCCGUGCUCAUAUUGGUGAGAAACCUCAUUCUUGUAAUUUAUGUAAUAAGAGUUUUUCGCGAAAAUUUAAUCUCACUAGACACAAUCGUGUUCAUACUGGAAAGAAGCCUUAUUCUUGUAGUAAUCUGACAAAACACAGUUGUUUUCAUACUGGUAAGAAGCCUUAUUCUUGUAAUAUAUGUAAGAAGAGUUUUUCAGAGAAAUGGAAUUUGAAUUUACACUUUCGUGUUCAUACUGGGGAGAAACCUUAUUCUUGUGGUAUAUGUAAUAAAAGUUUUUCACUAAAAGAUAGUCUGAAAAUACACAGUCUUGUUCAUUCUGGUGUGAAGCCUUAUUCUUGUAAUAUAUUCUUGUUCAUACUGGUAAGAAACCUUAUUNCCUUUUUGUUGUUAUUUUCUUGUACUAUAUGUAAUAAAAGGUUUUCUCAAGAAGGUAAUCUGACAAGACACAGUCGUUUCCAUACUGGUGAGAAGCCUUUUUCUUGUAGUAUAUGUAAUAAGAGUUUUUCAGAAAGAGGGAGUCUGAAUAAACACUGUCUUGUUCAUACUGGCAAGAAGCCUUAUUCUUGUAGUAUAUGUAAUAAAAGUUUUUCUCAAAAAGUUAAUCUGACAAAACACAGUCGUUUUCAUACUGGUGAGAAGCCUUAUUCUUGUAAUAUAUGUAAGAAGAGUUUUUCAGAGAAAAGGAAUUUGAAUUCACACUCUCGUGUUCAUACUGGGGAGAAACCUUAUUCUUGUGGUAUAUGUAAUAAAAGUUUUUCACAAAAAGGUAGUUUGGCAAUACACAGUCGUGUUCAUACUGGGGAGAAACCUUAUUCUUGUAGUAUAUGUAAUAAAAGUUUUUCACUUAAAGAUAGUCUGAAAAUACACAGUCUUGUUCAUACUGGUGAGAAGCCUUAUUCUUGUAGUAUAUGUAAUAAGAGAUUUUCAGAAAGAGGGACUUUGAAUAAACACCGUCUUGUUCAUACUAUUGAGAAGCCUUAUUCUUGUAGUAUAUGUAAUAAGAGUUUUUCAGAAAGAGGGAGUCUGAAUAAACACAGUCUUGUUCAUAUUGGUAAGAAACCUUAUUCUUGUAUUAUAUGUAAUAAGAGUUUUUCACAAAAAUUUAGUCUCACUGUACACAGUCGUAUUCAUACUGGUGAGAAACCUUUUUCUUGCAGUAUAUGUAAUAAGAGUUUUUCAGAAAAAGGGAAUCUGAAUAAACACAGUCUUGUUCAUACUGGUGAGAAGCCUUAUUCUUGUAGUAUAUGUAAUAAAAAAUUUUCACGAAAAAGUCAUCUCACUACUCACAGCCGUGUUCAUACUGGUGAGAAACCUUAUUCUUGUAGUAUCUGCAAUAAAAGUUUUUCUCAAAGUGAGCAUCUGAAUAAACACAGUAGUAUUCAUACUGGUGAGAAGCCUUAUUCUUGUUGUAUAUGUAAUAAAAGUUUUUCACUGAAAAGUUAUCUGAAUAAACACAGUCNUAAAGAGAAGUCUUAUUCAUGUAGUAUAUGUAAUAAGAGUUUUUUACAUUGA